GCUAGUGGAUACUAUAUUGCACAGCACCAUUAGAGGCUGCAAACUCAGGGAGGACAGUUCAGAAAGAUGGAUCCUCAAACAAGAGAAAUGACUCUCCCAGGUAAACUUCAUGCCUUUUAUACACUUAACUUGAACAAAGGGCCCCUACAGCCCAGGGCACAUCCUUUAAUAUUUGAGGCUAAGCUGGCGGCUGUGUCAGUGUUUGGUAUGAUACAAUCACAAUGCCCGUUGGCCAGUUAAGAUAGAAACAUACAGAGCCCUUUAGUAUUCUGCAAGGGAAAUAAAAGAUUGCUUCAGUCUUAGUUGCUUUAAUGAGGUCAGAUGGGGUUUCUGCAGGUCCACUGUUCUAACCUGUGGGGCAGAGAAUAAGGCGGAAAAGGCAUGCAAUUUAAAAUACACAUUUAAGGAAACAUGUAAUUUGCUGGUAAAUACACAACCUCCUCUUUUCAGAAGGGAGUUAAGGGGUGAUAGUUUGGAGGAGGGACCCAAGGAAUUACAAAAGAGAAUAACAAAUGUUUGCUCAGAACACAAUGCAGCAAAUUCCCUGGUGCACUCAACCAGUAUAACAAACAGGUCCUUUGUAAUCUCUAAGAUAAGGCUUAUAAUUAGCCAGGGACCAGGUGACAUGAAUCUGACAUGAGCAGACAUAGUGGAUUCACCUGUGGUUGGCCUGGCUGGUAGUCCAGCAAAAGGGGGGUGGUUGCUGAAGCCCUCAAUGGGUACCAAGAGGGAUCGAGAUCUAAUUACAGAGACCUGCAUUCUACAUCCAUCCCCCUCUAGGGGAGGCGAUGGCAGCUGGACACCUGACUUUCCUAACUCCAGAAUGAAGAUGAAGCUCUUAUUGUGCUGAUUUGUGCAGACUACUUGCAGAUGAGAAGUAGUAGAAAUGAUAGAGUGGUAGAAUUGGAGUGAUCAGAAGCCUAUUGUAAUACAGUAAUUUAAUAUCCUCAGUGGAUCGUUGACCCUGUUACCUGUGAGGCAACUGUAUGUGUAGAAUUCGCCCAGUUGGAGGAGAGACUAGCAAAGACCUGCCUUUUGUGGAAGAGGCAGUGACAGGGAAUUGUGAAAUUAGCUUUGAGGAAGUUCCUAGAAACAACUGGUAGUGACAGUGCAUUCUUUAACUGACACUAUUCCAGUAGGUUGGAAAAGAGGACAAGGGUGUGACUCAGAGUGAAUGCAGUAGGGUGGAAAGAACACAGGCUUGGGAGCAGGUACACCUGGCUGUAAACACCUGUUUCUCCAUUUAUGCUUUGCAUUGAAGUCACCUGGGGAGCUUGUUAAAGGUACAGACUCCUGGACCCUGCACUGACCUACUAAACCAGAAUAUCUGGAUUUGGGGCUCUGUAAUCUCUAUUUUUAAAAUAAGCACACAAGGUGAUUGUGAUAUAGGGCUUCUCUAAGCCUUAGUUCUCUAAAAGGUGAUAUCGGACUGGCGAUAUCUGAGUCUUGGGAUUGUUGUGUGAAUUGGUGGUUUAUUAGAAAUAGCAUGAUUUUAAUAAGGCAAAUCCAUGGCUGAAGAAUAAUAAUUACAAGUUAUUGAGCUUUGAUUUGUUCUGCAUGGUUUGUUAAAGGCACUGUUCUCCCUGCAAUGCCAGCUACUCAGGAAACUGAGGCAGGAGGAUCGCUUGGGCCCGGGAGUUCGAGGCUGCAGUGAAUUGUGAUUGUGCCACAACACUCUAGCGAUAGAGUGACAGCCCAUCUCUAAAAACAAUUUUCUGUUUUGUUUUGUUUUGUUUUGUUUUGUUUUUUAAAGAAAAGACCCUGUUCUCCCUUUGGAAAUCCUGGUAGAUGUCACUCGCUUUGCUAAGCCUUAGUCACUGUGCUAAAACAGCUGGAGAGUUAUUUGGCCAAAUUAGCUGACAAUCCCAAAGUCGCAAAUUGUUUCUGAGUUUUGAUAAAAUCAGCGUUUUCUUUUCCUUUUUAAUGACCCUGGCGUUAAACAAUCUCCUUCGGGUCGGAGAAUUUCUAUGGGAGGUGAAAACAUUAAUUAUGUUGUAACAGGUUGUCUGCUCCAGUGAAAGUCAAGGGCUACGGGUUGGACCCGCCGGAGAGGGUAAUUUGCUGUGGCCCUGGAAGGGAGCUUGCACCCGAGGUUUCCCAGUGCAGCGCUUUCCGUGUGAAACAUUUUGCUUUCAUUCGGCAGCUUUAGGCGUGAAGAAAAGGGGGAGGGGGUUGGCGUUCCGCCCUGGAGCUCUUGAGAGUGAAGGCAGCUUCAAACCCAGCAGGCUCUCAGUAGCUGGUGCUGAGAUUUCCAGAGGGGUGGGGCUGCCAGAGGAGGAUGUGCACGUGAGACCCGAGAGAGGUGGGAGUGGAGCUUCUCAGGUAGGACCCAGGAGCGCCCUGCCCACCCCCUCCUCCGGCUUCGGGAUCCGGAUUGGCUGGGGCAGCGAGGUCGGCGAGGUCAAGACCCUUUCGGCGCCCUCCCCGACCCGCCCCGCCGCGGCGGUGCUUAUGUAGAGCGGCCGGCGCGGGCGGGGCGGGGGCAUGCUGGCGAGGCCGAGGGGCGCGAGUGGCAGCGCGCGGGGGCCGGAGCAGCGCCCGGCCCCGGGCGCCCGGGGGCCGGAUGGCGGAGCCCACGCGCUCAGCGAAGCCGAGGAGGUUUGCGCUCCGUUCGCCGCGCUGCAGGGAGGGCGCGGUGCCAGGCGCGAGCGCCGAGAAACCCAAAAAGAAAGCUUUUUAUUUGCUGAGGAUGAAGCCCCUGAAGGAGCCCGCCCCCAACAACAACAACAACGUGUCCUUUGUGAUCCACUGUCAACUAGGCAAGGAGAUCAAACACAUUUGCAGCAACUGCAGUCGGGGGGAGGACGCCCGGGACGCUGAGGAAGUGGAGAGGCUGGCGGCGAUGCGUUCUGACUCCCUCGUCCCAGGCACCCACACCCCACCCAUCCGCAGGAGAAGUAAGUUUGCCAACCUGGGAAGGAUUUUCAAGCCUUGGAAAUGGAGGAAGAAGAAAAGCGAAAAGUUCAAACACACGUCAGCAGCCCUGGAAAGGAAAAUAUCUAUGAGGCAAAGCAGAGAAGAGCUGAUAAAGCGAGGAGUCCUGAAGGAAAUCUAUGAUAAAGAUGGGGAACUCUCUAUAUCCAAUGAAGAGGACUCCCUAGAAAAUGGGCAGUCCCUGAGCUCCAGCCAGCUGUCUCUGCCUGCCCUGUCCGAAAUGGAGCCAGUCCCAAUGCCCAGGGAUCCCUGCUCAUAUGAGGUGCUCCAACCGUCAGACAUCAUGGAUGGGCCAGUGUCUGAAGAGAGUCCCUCUGCCAGUGAGUCUGGAGUCCUCCUGUCCCAAGAUCCUUCAGCCAAACCAGUCCUGCUACUGCCCCCCAAAAAACCUGCUGCUUUCCCUGGAGACCAUGAAGAGACCCCAGUGAAGCAGCUGCCCCUUCUCAAGCAGCCCCCGGCCCUGCCUCCCAAACCCACUACCAGGAUUGCCAACCACUUAACAGAUCCUGGCGCCCCUGUGAAAUUGCCUUGUCUGCCAGUGAAACUGUCGCCUCCACUACCUCCAAAGAAAGUCAUGAUCUGUAUGCCCGUGGGGGGGCCAGACCUCUCACUGGUGUCCUACACAGCCCAGAAGAGUGGCCAGCAGGGUGUGGCCCAGCACCACCACACUGUCCUGCCCUCCCAGAUCCAGCACCAGCUGCAGUACGGCAGCCACGGCCAGCACCUCCCCUCCACCACCGGCUCCCUCCCCAUGCACCCCUCGGGCUGCAGAAUGAUAGACGAGCUCAACAAAACGCUGGCCAUGACCAUGCAGAGGCUGGAAAGCUCUGAGCAGCGGGUCCCCUGUUCCACUUCUUACCACAGCUCUGGGUUGCACUCGGGUGAUGGGGUCACCAAAGCAGGACCUAUGGGCCUUCCAGAAAUAAGACAAGUGCCAACUGUUGUGAUUGAAUGUGAUGACAAUAAAGAAAAUGUGCCUCAUGAGUCAGACUACGAAGACUCUUCUUGCCUGUAUACAAGAGAAGAGGAGGAAGAGGAGGAUGAAGAUGAUGACAGCUCAUUAUACACCAGCUCCCUGGCCAUGAAGGUCUGCAGGAAGGACUCCUUAGCCAUCAAACUCAGCAACAGGCCCUCCAAGCGAGAGCUGGAAGAAAAGAACAUCCUUCCCAGGCAGACGGAUGAGGAGCGGCUGGAGCUGAGGCAACAGAUUGGCACCAAGCUCACCAGGCGGCUGAGCCAGAGGCCAACUGCAGAGGAACUGGAACAGAGGAACAUUUUGAAACCUCGGAAUGAACAAGAGGAACAGGAGGAGAAGAGAGAGAUCAAGAGGAGGCUAACCCGAAAGCUCAGUCAAAGGCCCACGGUGGAAGAGCUUCGGGAAAGAAAGAUCCUCAUCCGCUUCAGUGACUACGUGGAGGUGGCUGACGCUCAGGACUAUGACCGCAGGGCAGAUAAGCCGUGGACCCGCCUCACCGCUGCAGACAAAGCUGCCAUCCGAAAGGAGCUCAACGAAUUCAAAAGCACUGAGAUGGAAGUUCAUGAAUUGAGUAGACACUUAACAAGGUUUCACCGACCUUAACAGUCGAAUUCCUCUUGAGUGCUAUGCUGUCUUCAAAACAUAAAUUUAUAAGAACCAUAAGUGCUGGUAUUUAUUCACUUCCCCAUUACGAUGUAAAUCUUCUGAACUGCCUUUUUUUUAAAAAGAAGAAAAAUCAAGGAAACACAAUCAGGAUUUUAUGUGUGAAAACGCAAAAGUGAUGGCUCGGCGGUCCGAGCUGCUGGUCCCACUUCUGACACCAAAAUGCAUCCCAACCCCCGGCAGUGCCAAGGGCACCAGCAGGGCCCUGACUGAAGACUGUCUGGCAGGUGGAACGGUCCUUGUCCUCUCCAGCCAGGCCCAGCAGGCACUACCUUCAUGAAGUCUCCAGCAAACCUCUUCCUCACAAGUGUCUGUCAUCUGAGUCCAAAGAAAGCUGAAGGGGUGGGUUUGUUUUGGGGGGUACUGUGCAAAGCUAAUGAUCCGGUUGGACUUCUACACUUGGCCAAAUGUACUGGCUCCAGACAUGACAUUUGGUUUGGGGGCCCUUUGAAGUUGAUGCCAAGAAGGAGGGAACACUUCUCAGUUGCCCCUGGCUUUUCCCUCCUUUCAGCCACCAUCCACACAAUGAACAAAAGGGAAGGGCCCAUUUCUGGGGGAGUCUGGCUGCCUCUUGGCUACGAAGGCUGGCACUGAGCACCCAUCCUGCUCCCUCUGCCUGAGCUGAGCUGCCUUUCAGGAAGCUCUGGUUUAGAAGGGGAAAGAUGUCAUAUGCUCAGUUCAAAUAAUCAACCCAACUGUGUCCAGAGUGUCCAGUGUCAUGAGUGACCCACGCACACACACAGCCAUUGCUAAGGUACUCCUGUGCUGUUUAUGAGUCUGAGUGGGAGGACCCUAUUGAAUCCUGUGGGGUCAGAAACUGCUUGGCUGACAUUUAUUUUCUCUGUGCGCCUCGAAGCUGAUGAUUAUAUGGCUUGGGAGUUCUUAGCUUCUGUGUAUAGGACCAGUGCAUGCAGGCCAGAAACCACUCCUGUAGGACUGGCUUUCCAGCCACUGAGGGACUUGGAACCACUCCAUGGCCUUCUUUUUUUUUGCACUGAAGAGUUUCUGUGAAGGAGCCCCAGAGUUGGGCAUGUGCCAGAAUCAGGCCAACACCAGCCACACCUGUCCACAGUGCCCCUUCCUGCUCCAGUUGAUCCAGAGAGCUCCUCCCUCUACCCUCAUGAUGCCAGGGAGCGUGAUUGUGGGUGUGUCUCUGACUGGGACACCCAGGAUAGGGUGUGCAAUGAGGCCAGGACCCUCCUAAACCCUAACAGCAUCCUAACGAGGCCCAUUGCAGCUUUCGUUUUCCUUCAUAACAGAGCUCGCAGGCCCUCAGUUGCAGAGCUCUCUCACCUUCUGGAGUGACUCCAUCGUUACUCCAGUCUUUCUAGGUGGUGGAACACUCCACCACACAUGCCAUUUAGAAAGAUGCCAGCUUGGCCUUUCCAAAAAGUUAACCAGUCUCCCCACCACAAACCCUGUGGGAGCAGGUUACUCUUAGGAUGCACACCUGUCAACGAGGCCAUUGCAUUUUUUUGCAGGCAUGAACGGCUCCCAUCUAGGCACUAACCCAGGAGCCGAACAACUGCUGGGGAGAGUUCAGGGCAGCUCUUUGGGCGGUGCCUCCAGCUGCAGCUUUGCCUUGCCACCUGGAGCCAGCACGCCUCUGCCCGACCCAAGGAGGAUGCCAUCACUAGAUCCUAUUUUUUUUUUUUUUAACUCUUGAAUCUGAAUAGUUCCUGCCGUGGGGAGAGGUAUUGUUCAGGGAAAAUGUGAUCGGGAUUUUAGUGUGGCUGUAAACACAGUCUUCCCGAAAGGCUUACUGACGUUUGAAUGUGCAAAUGGUAUGACGAAAGAUGUAGGGCUCUUUCGUUGAACUUCUCUACGGCGGGCGGGCGGGCACGUGUUCCAGGUGGACUUGCCUGCCGGCCAGGCUUUGAGUCUGAACUUCCUCUAACUGCAGCUGGGCUCCUGGCACACGCGGUGCCCUGGCAUGAUGGUCCUCCCUGGCCAGGAGCGAGUCCUAAGGAAAUUCAUUCCAUUGACCGGACUCCUCCCAUGAUAGGCCCAUGGCUUCUCUGCUGGCCUUAGUUCUUGGCCCUUCAGAUUCCCUAGGCAUAUAAGGCCCAAGCGGAUCUCCCUGCAGCCAGCCAGCAGACAGCCCAGGGUUUCCGCCCAAAGUGCCCUCAUGUUGCAGUCCACUUUGUGCAUGGAAGAUAUUGAACACAAUUUCCACUGCUCUUCCUGCAGGGCCUCCUUUCCAGCAGUCACUUGCUCAGACUGAGGGGUGCACCUCCCCUGCCAUUGACAGGUCCUGCGCCUUCAGGAUGGGCUAUUUCAAGCCCGUUUUAAGUGGCUCUUACACAGGCUCAGCAACCUCUGUGGCCUGGAGGAUGGGCCUUCUGCUGUCUCUUUCCUUUCUUAAAACCUUAAGGUCUUUCUAGAGACCUAUUCAAUUUUCUUUCUUUUUUUUUUUUUUUUCACUACAAUGUCAUGACAACUGCAGCAAUUUGUGUUACUUUCCAAGAUGACAAUUUGACAUUAAUUAAGGGAAAAAAAAUAAAAAGGUGAGCUAGAUGACUUAAAAUGCAUCUCUUUUUUGAAAAAGCUGCAGUUGGCAAGUCACAGUUUAUUUUAUGUGUGUAAAUUCCCAGUUGAGCAUUUUUUCAUUUGGAUUAGCGUGAGAGGAAAAAUGUGAAAUGUCUCAAAUCAAAUGCUUCCUUCUAAAGAUUAGACAUUGCCCGACCCUGCCCCCGCCCCCAAUCAGUGACAGAAGAGACCGCCAUCAGCCAACUAGCUUUUUUUAAAUGGCUGAUAUAUUCAUCUCCAAAGGCCCUCAAAGCCCUGUAAAACUUUUAAAACUUUAGCCUUUAUGUCAGAUUAGAGAAACCAAACAACGUGACGGUACAUGUGAUGAAAAGCUCUGAGUUUAUUUUUCUCCCGCUUAUGAACAUGUAUUUUUAUUUGCCGAAUGAAAAUCGUGGUGUGUUGCUUCGAUGAAUGGAAUUUCAGGCUCUCCCUGUGCACAGCCGGUGGGCAAAGGUCACCUUAAAUGACUUUUUCUCCCUAUCUGUCUGUUAAUCCCCAGACCGGUUGCAUUUUCCAGUUGCUUCCUGGGUGUCUGUACAUAGUUUGUCUUUGUAUAGGAGUGAGUGUGGUGACCGUCAAUCCCCUAAUCUCCCGGGUUCUAAUUUAACAGAUGAUGGCUGUAUGAGGAAAACGAUGUAAAUAGAGAAUACAAAUUAAACUGGAUCUCUGUGGCCUAGGUUUUGUACAUACAGAAA